AUGGUCCCAUCUGCUCAAUAUCCCAGUGGUCUCUACAAAUCUCCUGUGCCCCCUCCCAGACCAAUUCCUACCCCAUCUCCACUUUGUUUCCCAGUGGACUCUACAGUCUCUUCCCCUACCCCCUCCAUCCCCUCACGGUCUUGUCCGCCCAGAUCUCUCCUAAGCCUUUUCUCCGCUCCCUCCCCACUUCCCCUGGGAGGUGGUGCGUCCAGAGGGGCCUCUAGAGAACUGGGCACAGAAAUGGCGUCGCCCUCUUGGUGGCCGAGGCCUUUGCCGCGCUGUGUUUACGUGAACUGUUUCGGCUCCCAUCCCUGCGGAAGGUCGAUCUUCUAUGAGGGCCUCGGCUCGUGGAGGCUGCAGCGACAGGAGGCCGGGAAGGAGUCCCAGGAGGUGGAGGCAGUGAUGGCGGCUGCAGGUCCCGGAGGCAGCUCGGAGCCCUCUCAGCCAAAGGCAGGAAGACCUCCGGCGCCAAGACUGGGAAAGGAGACACCGAAGGCUCACAAGCCUCCCAGACUGCGUGGCCGGGCCGCGGGGAGAAGACAGGGGGAGGCUCUGAGGGCCGUGGCGGGCGCCGGGACAGAAAAUGUCAGUGAUGCAUUUGAAUUCCACAUACCUUUGAAUGAGGCUGGUAAAAUCACAAAGAAGAAGAAAAAGCAUGCAGUAUGGGACAGUGUACACAAAGUGAUUUCCAAGAUGCUGAAAGAAAAUGAAAAAAUCAGAGACAGAAUGAACUUCAAACAGGGUUGUUCUGAAAAUGGUGACCUGGCCCAAAGUAGAGAAGAUGAGUCUUCUCUUCUCUCUGGGAGAAACAACUCAUCAUGAAAUGAUUGAUAAACACAUUCCAAAACGGAAGAGAGAAAAAUUAAUGCAUGGACACUGGCAACAUCAUUUGGAUUUCAUGGAAUGUUUUAGUUUAGUUUCCUGGCAUCUGGCCUGGCCAGUUAGCUUCUCCUACCCUUUA